AUGGGUAAAAAACACAAACAUUAUCUUCAGCAAUCCCUCUCAAGUGGGAAUAUUUUGCAUGAGGCACAAAAUUUAAAUGCUCACAGAGUACAUUUCAGCCUUCAAUCCGCCAAUAAUUCAUCAAAUUCUAAUAGAUCAAGUUUAAAAUCACACGACAGCAAAUCAAAUAAAAUAAAUCACGAUAAUAAACAAGUUCGAUUUCAUAACAACAACACGCCAUUUCCCGGAUUACAGAGAUCAAAAAGUUUGGGAGCAGCAGAUAUGAAAGCGAGAAGAUUAUACGGCGCUCCCAAUACGAUAGAUUUAGGAAAUUUCCCCCCACAAAUUCAAGCAACCAUAUUUAAAGCUUUGGAGGAUCCUAAUCAAUUAUCGGAUCGUAAUCUCAUGGAAUUGGUACGAUGCAUCAUGGAAAGAGUUUUGGAAAGUAGAAAAUUUGCCGAACCCGGUGCAAAAUUAUGCAUUAAAAUAAUUGAAAAAGAAAAAAAGGAAACUUUUCUUGAAUCCCUAUUGAACACUUGUCAACAAUGGUAUCAAGAAAGAAAUCAAUUAUUAAAAGGAACCCCGAAUAAAUUUCCAACGUAUAUGGCAUUUUUAAACGAAAUGUACUGUCAGGUAGAAUGCAAUUGCGAAUUGAAAACUCACCACGAAGGUGUACCUCCAGGUCUUUUACUUCUCACUCUUUUAUGUAAAAAACAGGAACUUCCGAAACAAUUGGAUGCACUUUUGGGAGCUGUUAGGGAUGCAUUUUUAACAGCUCAAACUGCUCCAAACAUAAGGAAAACGUUGCUCCAGUUGAUAGAAUUAAGUGCUGCCAGAUGGCAACUAUCAGCUCCAGCAGUUAUGUAUUAUUAUCCUGGAACACCAAAAUAA